AUGGUCCAGAUCAAGGCAGCUGUCCUGGCUAUCUUUUUCGCUGGCCAAGUGCUUUCCGAGUCUGUUGAACCUCAACAGGCCUCUGUGAGCAUCGAUGCAAAAUUCAAGGCUCACGGGAAGAAAUAUCUGGGAAAUAUUGGUGACCAGUACACCUUGAACAAAAACUAUGAAGUGGGAUGCUACUGA